AUGGCGGAGGAUGCGGUCAGGACGUUCAACGAGGACCCGCAGACUUUCGUCUUCCUCCUCAACGCUGGUCAGCUCGCUGCUGGCCUGACCCUCAGCGUCGCCUCCCACGUCAUCCUGCUGGAGCCCUUCACCAACCCCAGCGAGGAGGCGCAGGCGAUGAACCGCUGCCAUCGCAUCGGACAGAGCAAGGAGGUCUGCUGCACCGUCUACUACGCCCCCUGGUCUGUUCCUCCUCGCUUGUCGGCUCCUUCCUGA